GGGAGCAGGUGGCUCAUGUCGCUCUUCGAGUCCUCGUCGCCGCGCCCGGCCGUAUAUAAAUCCUCGCCCAACGCGAUCCACGGAGUACCAACCACCAACGAUAACACUGUACAUCUUCUUCCUCUCCGCCUCCAUUGGCAGAGCUUUGCUCCGAUGGGUUUCCUGGAAGCCAUGUUGGGGCUGUGCGGGUGCCCGGCGCCGCUCACGCAGCGGCACCUGCAGAAGGGGCGGCAGCUGGAGACGGUGGAGAUGAAGGUCCACAUCGACUGCGAGGGCUGCGAGAGCAAGAUCCGCAAGACGCUGGAGGCCAUGGACGGCGUCACCGGCAUCGACGUCGUGCCCCGGCAGAACCGGGUCACUGUCACCGGCUACGUCGACGCGGCCAAGGUCAUGCACCGCGUCGCGCGCAAGACCGGCAAGCGGGUGGAGCCGUGGCCGUACGUGCCCUACGAGGCCGUCGCGCACCCCUACGCGGCCGGCGCCUACGACAGGAAGGCGCCCGCCGGGUACGUCCGGGACGUCACGGCCAACUACGGCGGCGGGGGCGCCUCCGCAUCGCGGCCGUUCUCGCGCGCAUCGUCCACCGAGACUAGGUACACCGGGGCCUUCUCCGACGAGAACGCCAACGCGGCGUGCGCCAUCAUGUAGCUCGAUCAGUAGCUCGAGAUCUCCCCGUUCCGUCUGUUAACUCCUACGUACGUAAGUAAGUACUGCUAUGUAAUGUGUGGAGUAUUUCACUUUUUCCUCGGUGGAGUUAGCUAGCUAGCUUCCCCGGGCUGGUUAUCACGGCAGGCUGUGCAAUCUAGCCGUCUUGUCGUCCCCGCCGGCGGCCGGUCGUCGAGGCUGUUUCAGGCUGCCCCGCCGUUGAGAUGUUCAGGCCGGCCGAUCAAGCUCUUCGAGAUUCAGACAUUCGAGGUAAGUGGCAAUAAACCCCAGCAUCCGGACCUAGCUAACUAGGUCUGGUCGUUGGAAUUCUUUCCCUUCCGCUGCAAGCUAGGUUGAUCUAGAUUGAACUUGUACCUUUGGCGCUGCGCCGACCGUUUUCGCGGCUGGAAACGAUCCAUGAUCUCAACAUCUGACGUCCUCAUGGGCAUCCGUGUAUUGCCCGGCGCCCCGGCCGGCGGCAUUUCUCCAGCGUCGACUGCGGUUCCUGCCGCGAAAGUAGACCUGAACUUGGCUGCCGAGGUCGGAUCAGCUGUGUGUGAUCGAGUAAAGGGGAUUUAGUUUCUUCUAUCUUCAGUUUUAGGUCAUGUUCGUCGACUAGAACAGCCAGUUUGUAAUUUCUUUUAUGGGCAAGAACCAUCUGUAAUGAUCCAUGUAACAGAUCUGCACUGCUAUAAAAACUUUUUUUUUUCA